AUGUCGCGAGCAAGCAAUCUGCCUCGUGAACCAACAUCAACAAGUAAAAAUUCACACGUAGCUGGACGUUCAUCUGUAUACCCGUAUAAGGUGCAGCGCUUUGUUACGGCACAGACUCCAGUGAAGGGUGCAACGAGAAACAAACGGGAAGUUGCGGAUGCGUCUCAGAGGAUCCCCGCACGUGCACCCUUCUCAGCUUCUACGAAAGCCACGCAGGAGUCUUUCCCGCGCAAGAAGGUGGAGGAGAUCGCAACGUGGUUAAACAGCGACACAAACUUUGCUGAGAUUGAGCUGCUUGCGGCAAGGGCCCGCGAGUUACGUCUUCGCAAGGAGUCCUUAUGGGAUGCCUCCGAUGCGGUAUCGUCCGUGUCGUCAGUGUCGUCCGUGUCGUCAGGAACAGCUUUUGCGAAGCGGCGUAAAAGCCUACCGAGAGCGCCAAACUCAUUAUUGCGACUUCCUCCGUUUGAUGAGAAGGCGUAUGCAGGGCACAUCUCUGCUAGAGGCGCACGAGAGGAGCUAGAGAGAACUUCUUCUGGAGUUUGUUUCUCACUGCAAGAGCCGUGCUGCGGUGACGCGGCGACGCAACCCGCAAAUGGGCGAAGCAACGGCGUAGCUACCACAAUGGAGAAAAUGGUUUCUCUAGAACAGCUUGCCUACAGAAAAACUGCUUUGCUGCAGGAGAAGGGGAAAAAGAAGGAGGGCUCCCCCUCGCCCACCGUUGUUGAGGUCAGUGAGGAAAUUCCGCAAGACAAUUGCAAUGUGCAGUCCUCGUCGCCUUGUCUAGCUUCUAUGGUACGGGCCGGUGCCUCAGUGUCUACAGGCACGAGAGCGGAGUGUUCGCUUGGUGUUGCAGCGGUUUCACUCCGAAACGUUUCACCACCGCGAGCUGGGGCAGGAGGUAGCCAUUCAUCAUGCAAAACAGACUCUUACAAUGUGGUUCAGGUACCGCGGGCACACUACAUCUUGUCAGAGGUGAAUUUUUCCUAUUGGUAG